AAAAGCCUGGCUGCUCAUUCGUUCGCGUCACCUGAGCGCGCGCGCACGUCUCAAAAUACGUUUAAAACCAAUUCAACAUCAAUAAAUCGCAAAACGAUUAGUGGAUUGUAAUAUUUGUAAUAAAAGUUCAUUAAAAACGAUUAUUUUUGUGUGUGUGUGAGUGUAUGUGUGUGUAGCGUUUGUGCGAGUGUAAAAUGGUGCGCACGUUGAAAGUGGUCGGGUGUUUCAGAAUGCCCAAACGUGCCAAAGUUGAACCGGCUCCGAGCGGCGAAGGAAUAUUCACUAUUGAUAUGUCAUCAACGAGCACUUUGGAUGUAGCCACAGCAUCCCAGCCAGCUCUUUCGGGAGUUCCAGCAGUAGAAAUGCAAGCGAAACACAGCGUAUUAUGGCAUUUGCUCAUCGACCUGCCAAUAGUCCUGCUCGUUGCGGCAGUAUGCAUUUGCUUGGAAGUCGGGGCGCUGCCGAGCCGACGCAGCGGCUUCACGUGCAACGAUCCAGCUCUCUCUUUCCCGCAUACGGGAGACACGUUUUCCAUCUCGCUUGUCGCAGCCAUCACGGUUAUCGUGCCUUUUUUCGUUCUCUGGGCCGUAGAAGCGAUGCUAUAUCAAGACGACGAAUACAACAUGAAGAAAAGAAAGAUGCUGGCCAGUGCUAAAACCGCCGGUCUCAUAUACAGAGAUUACAUAUACGGGGCGGUCGUUAAUCUCACCAUCCUUGAGGUGGUCAAGUGUGUGGUCGGCACUCCGAGGCCCACGUUCUUUGACCUCUGCCAACCAGACAAAGCGUUGACUUGCAAUGAUUCCGAGUACGUGAGCAGCUACAAGUGCACUUCGACUCAGUACUCCAGGUACUUGCAGAUCGAUUCCAGCAGGAGUUUUCCUUCGGCGCACGCUUCUCUCUCCGUCUAUUGCGGUUUGUUCUUGGCGUGGUACCUCCAGCGUCGGGCUUUCAGCUGGCACAACCGCUCAGUGCUGCUGAUCCCGCUGGCCCAGGUCCUGGCUCUGGUGUACGCGGCUGUGUGCUCGCUGAGCCGACUCACCGACCACCGGCAUCAUUGGUGGGACGUGCUCGUUGGCGGACUGAUGGGUGUGCUUAGUGUCAUGUACACGAUCGUAGUCCUCUGCAAGAACUUCUCACAGCCGGCCGUGGUCAGCACCAGUGACAUAUCGAGCAGCGACGGCAACAACCACCAGGCCGUCCAGAGGCUUCUUUCGAGCGCACCGAGGGUCGUAGUGCCCUAGCCACAAGCGGUGUAAGCUGAACGCUUACCGGAACUGGCAGGGGAUAAUAGACCCAAGUGCGGUGAUUAUGUGAGUGAAUUUACACUGCAGCCGGGUGACGUAGGAGACGGUCAAUAUCUAAAAAAAAAAUCUAAUAAUUCUAGAUUACGAUUCUAGAUUAAGCAGAGGACGAGAACUGAGGUAUGAUGAGUGAAAACUUUGUUGACGACAAUGAUUUGUCGCGUCAAUACGGAAUGAAUAGAAGUCUUUCGGAAAUCGAUUAUCAAUAAUAAUUCGAUGUAAACGAUUAAAAAAUACUUUACAAAAAUAUCGAUUCAGAUUGUCUCGAUUCUGUAGUUAUCGUGAUUCGGAUUUUGAAUCUAUGCAAUGAAUCGUUACAAUCGUAUAUAAAUGGUAAUAAAGCUUAAGUGAAAUUUAUUAUCUUUAGCGACGUUUCGUUCGGAUUCUACAUAUUUAGUUUUAGAGAUUUUAUGAGACUUGACAACUAGAAGGCAGCUUAGUUUCUUAGAGCCAUUAGAAGCGGUAGGCGCGAGUCAAAUGCUAGUUGUAGUUUUAGGUCAUUUGACUAGAUGUAAUAUUAUGUUAAGUUUGUCAAUGUAGAUGUUGUGUAUUUUGUAAAUAUUGUCGCUAUGGAAUAGAACAGAUCUUGUUUUCCGAAAUUGCCGCACGACGAGGCAACAUCAUCGCGUGUGACGUCAUUUGUGGCCAAAUUAAGCGACGCGCUAGCCACAGAAUAUAUAUCAAGAAAUUAUUAGCCACAUAUGACAUCACCCGUUAUGAUUGAUCUUCGAACAAAUAGAUUCGUGACCUUUCAAACGAGCAGCUUAAAGCUUGACAAGUGAUUCUUUGGUUUCGCGAAUCGUAAAAAAAAUUAAAAGUAUUUUUACAGCUUAAUCUUUAGGUUUUACAGUUCACAGUUUUCGUAGUCACGGACGACUAUAUCGAGGGGUGAUAGGCUGUCUGGUUUAAGCGACAUUUUUGCAACUUUACAGGAGAACUAUUUAAAGCUUAAAAUUAGGAAAAAAUAUCAUAACAAAAAAGAAACUUCUUCAGCUAUUUGAAUGGGGUAAACUUAAUUGAAGUUCAAUUGAAAACAUCAGAUUGUUGAUGCUAGUAUAAAACAAAGUCGCUUGCUCUGUCCCUAUAUCCCUAUGUAUGCUUAAAUCUUUAAAACUACGUAACGGAUUUUGAUGCGGUUUUUUUUAAUAGAUGGAGUGAUUGAAGAGGAAGGUUUAUAUGUAUAAUAACAUCCAUUAAAUAGUGGAGAAAUCAAUAAUAAAUUACAGUUUCCGAAGCGAAGCGAGGGCGGGUCGCUAGUACCAAAUAAAACGACCUAUAAUUACAAAGAUAAAUGUCGCGUAAUAAGCGAAAUGUUGCUUAAACCGAAUACCCUUUUAUCCCUCGAUAUAAACGUUAGGCAGAAACCGUAAAAAAUAUUUUAAAGUUCGACACAAGCCUUUGUGGUCAUUGCAAUUAUUGUAGAAUUUAAAUAAUCUUUGAAUUUUAAACGUGACAAACAAAAUGACACGACACAAUUGAUGACGAUCGUUCAAAAACAAUUAUAAUCCAUGUGCGACACGUUUCGAAUUCGCUCGUGUUGUAAGUAAGCGCAGUGAUUUAUUUACAUCUCUAUGAGUUGUUGUGUUUCAAAAAUAAUUUAUUGUCAACGAAUUAGUAAUAUUGUGGGAGGUUGACUAAUAUUUAUAUUUAGUUCGCCUUAAGACUCUGUCAGAGCUGAUGAAGGGUAUUGCUGGAGGGAAGCCGAUGAUUCAAGGGCGCGGGCUGAAUCCCUUCUUAAGCAAGUUCAAGAAUGGCUUUUGUUUCUUGGACGUGUGUAUUUUCUUGAUUGCUGUAUUAGCACAGAAGUUUUAGGUUUUUUUAUUCUUGGAGAAAGUGUUUUUUUUUUAAUAGACUAUCAAACGAUUUUGUGUUUUUAAACGUCAUGUUCUUUUUUUUUUCUUGAUCUUAGUAGGCAGCGAAUAUUUACAGCGUAUAUUCGUAGCUUAAAGUCUUAAAGGCAAUCUUUUAAGUUCUGCUUUGGAAAUUAGUCCCUAUUUUAAGUAAUAAGUUCUUUGAUUUCCGAAAUAAUAGGUCCAUUGUCGUUUACAACAGACUGCGCGUUUUCUGUCGAUGUCGUCACAUUGACCCUGUGGUACAAUGUGCAAAGAACGGUAAAUACAAUAUUUAUCUUUUGAAUUUGAGUUUAAUAAACAAAAGAAUGAAUUGCAACAUGCAAAUCAAACAAUUUGUCAUUCGUAAAAAGUAAAUAAAGGCCAUAAAACUGUGCAAAUAGAAAAAAAAAACUUUCUUUAUUUAACAGGAUUUUUAAACAGAUAUACCUAACUGUUAACUUGGUUAGUACUUAUUGAACUAAAAUUUCUAAGAUAAUACAUGUGCGUUCGUAAUAUUUAUUAAGAUAUUUAAAUAGCCGCUUGGCUCAGUUUUUUCUAAUCAGGAUUGAGAGCAACAAAACUUUGACGAGAUUAAAAUAGGAAGACAAACUUCAUAGUAUAGGAAACUAGAUAACACUUAUUGAUUGAAUGUGAACUGGAAUGUUUAAUUCAUACAUUUAUAAGUAAGUUUGAUUGUAAUUGGAAACAGUAUUCGUUGUACAGUACCUGUAUGCUAGUCUUAAGUUAGUUUAUUAAUAAUUUAUUGAAAUGUCCGCCAUCUUUGACAGAUAAUUAAUUGCCCACCUCACGCUUCAAGCAUUAUAGAGUUUUUAAUCGUGUACACAGUCGGUGCUGAUGACAGAAUAUUCUAGAAAUUAAUUUUGUGUUCUUCUAUCGAACCGUUUCCUUUUUUUGUGUAUUUCGAAUAGUAAAUUGUGUAUUUAACCUUUUUCGUUAAUAAGAUUUGGUUGGUUUCUGUCGCUGUCGCUCCCGUAUUUACAGAAAUAAGGAAGAAAGAGACAAACUAACUAAAUUUUGAAUGUACACAUUUCAGUAGUGUGUAAAAGCAAUUUUUAUGUUAAUCAAGUUGUUGUAGAUUAAAAUAAAAUAAAAAAUUUAAAUUUUUUUUUGUCUCUUGAGAUAGACAGCACUGACUGGAUUUUCAACGAGAAGACUUUGUAACAAAAACCUUAUUAAAAAAAGAAUGAUAAAAAAAAUGUAAAUUUAUGUGUCUAUUUAUUGUUUAUAGCAUUGACAUUCCCGCGUAUUUAGUUCUAAGCUUUGAUUCUGUAAAUAUAUAGUUAUUAGAUACUUAGAUAGUGAUUUGUGUUCAAUAAACCUUUAGAACAGAAAAACAAA